GAAGGCUAGCUUCCGAGAACAAUCCAUCCCAAAGCAUGGAAGUGUCCAUGUUGCAGCAGGUUGUUCCACGGCAGGAGAACUAUUCCCAAAGUCGUGCAGUUGCUCUUCAAAAUGUGGAAUCCACAAUUUCAGAACUCAGUGAGAUCUUUGGCCAUUUGGCCACAAUGGUUGCACAUCAAGGGGAAUUGGUUAUCAGGAUUGAUGAUAACAUGGAGGAGUCAUUGGCAAAUGUUGAAGGUGUUCGCAAUGCGCUGUUGAGGCAUUUAAACCAAAUUUCAUCGAACAGGUGGCUCCUAAUCAAGAUAUUUGCUAUUUUGAUCUUCUUCUUGAUGGUAUUCUUAUUCUUUGUGGUUUAAUGAGUGGCUAAAGAGAACCAAUUAUGAGCCGAUCAAAUGCCGGAGAAGAACGUGUAAAACAGAAACUGUAGGACAAGAUGAAAUUUAUCUUGGAUUGUUUGAAUAGUUUUGUAAAACAGAAACUUUAUGUUCUUAGAAACAAAGAUGAUUUCAUUCAAUUACAGAGUUGGUUUUUGUUCUUUUGA